UUGUCGCGUCGUGACGUCGCUGCUGUUGCCGCUGCCGCCCGCACACACACAUGUGCGACAGAAAAACACGUUACGAGCGGUCGCUGGGUAAAAUCGUCAAACAAAAUGCGAUAAAAUAGAAGAAAAGCUAACUGAAAACAGUAAAAGACUGAGGUAUAAAUAAGUAAAUAUAGCUUAACCCAAUAAUAAUAAUCAAAAGUUUGGUAGUAAUAAAAAGUGCGAUUGCGUCGGUGCUUACGUUUUCUCCGUUUGACGUAAGGCGACUCCCUGCCCUAACUCUCUCUCUCUCUCUCUGUCUGUCUCUCUCCGAUUCUCUUGCUCCGCGUGUGGAUUGCGUUUUUGCCGGCGACGUCGCUACUCCAAAAAAGACGCGGCACAACCAACACACACACUCAUUUUGCGUUUAAGUUGUGGCCCAAGAAGUUCAGUUUCAGUCCGCAAAAAUGUGAAAAUGGAAAACUAAGAGGGAAAACACAAGACCGAAAAGACUGCAACUAUAAAAGGCUCCAAAACCGCUAAGAACGUACAGAAAAUCAGCUAAAAAGUGCGCGCGUGCAACAACAAUGUGAUAUCUACAACAAAUGCUCGAACUGCUGACGUCACGCACAGAAUCGUAGAAUAUAUAGAGAAUAAUAUAAAAGAGAAACGUCGCGUAGUGAAGUUAAAAGUUCCCACACACACAACACACCAACAGACUGAGUCGACGAGCUAAAAGCAGCAGUAUAUAAUACGUGGAAACAAAAGUAAACGAAGAAAGGCAAAACACCCGCAAAAGAAGAAAGAAAUUGCAAAUAUGAAACGUGUGUGAUAUUCAAAGAGCAAGUAGUAGACGGCGGUGGAAAAGAGCAAUUCGUUGUUCGAGUGAUAUAUAGAUAGCAUGUAAAAAAAAAAGGCGACAAAAUUUCCAAUACUUAGAUGUGAAGAAUCUUUAGGUGCUAAUUUAGUUGAUAAGCGAAAAAAAACAUCAAGAGAAAUAGCGAUACACAGACAGUGCAGUCGACCACACGAGAUCUGGAAAUUGCGACUGGGUGGCAACUUUUCGAAGGCAGUGCUUAAAAGUAUGCUACAAACUAAUACCAUAUAUAGCCGACUGAGGCGAACAUAACAGAAUCAACAGUAUAUAUAUAUAGUAUAUACACAUAUAUAUAUAUUUAUAUAUAUAUAUCGAGACAGAAAGAGAAGGAGAGAGAGUACGGCGGAGCACCGCCGAAAAAUCAAGGGAGGAAUCGGCAUCGAAAUGUCCAAGUUCUUUGUGAAUGUUGCCCCUAUCAACAACAGCAACAGCAACAGCAGUAGCAGCAACAACAACACCGCCAGCAACAACCAGCGACACCAGCAACACUAUGGCGCAGGCGGGGCAACGGGCCACACAAUGGUCGCCCGCAGACUCAACUACGACCAGAUCGGCGGCACAACCAACAUCAACAACAACAUUGUGAUCAAGAACGAGGCCAUCGAUCUGGACUAUGAUCACGGUUUGAGCAGCAGCGACAGCAACAGCAACAGCAAUAGCAACAGCGGCGUGGCAGCCCAUCUGCGGGAUCAUGUCUACAUCAGUCUGGACAAGGGGCACGCCACGGGGGGAGUGGCAACGGCGGGCCAUGCACAGCAUCAACUGCAGCAGCAGCAGCAGCAGCAUCAUCACCAACAUCAGCAGCAACGCAAGACGACCGGCAAGACAAACGAUAUCACAAAUUAUUACAAGGUCAAACGCCGGCCACACGCCGUCAGCGACGAGAUCCACCCGAAGAAGCAGGCCAAACAGAGCGCGCACCAUCAGACGGUGGUGUACCAAAAGCAUGUGGCCAGCAGCACGCCCCAGCAGUUGCGUCAAAGCCAACACCAGGUGCACAACGAGGGGGAUGGCGAGCUGGACGAGGAUGUGGUGGAGCGGGUGGCCAAGCCGGCAUCUCAUCACUCUUUUGUGCUGUCGACGCCGCAGCAGCAGUUGGCAGCUUCUGUGGCCAGUUCGUCGAGCGGCGAUCGCAAUCGGGCAGACACUUCGCUGGGCAUACUGACCAAGAAGUUUGUGGACCUGCUGCAAGAGUCGCCAGAUGGCGUGGUGGAUCUGAACGAGGCCUCCAAUAAGUUGCACGUUCAAAAGCGACGCAUCUACGACAUCACCAAUGUGCUUGAAGGCAUUAACAUCCUGGAGAAGAAGUCGAAGAACAACAUCCAGUGGCGCUGCGGGCAGUCGAUGGUCAGCCAGGAGCGAUCGCGGCACAUCGAGGCGGAAUCGGAAAGGUUGGAGCAGCUGGAGAACGAGCUCAACAUGGCCAUCGACCAGAUGCGCGGCAACCUUGCCGAGAUCUCGCAGGAGGUGGAAAAUUCCGGGGGAAUGGCCUACGUUACUCAAAACGACCUGCUCAACGUGGAUCUCUUCAAAGAUCAGAUCGUCAUAGUGAUAAAGGCGCCGCCCGAGGCCAAGCUUGUGCUGCCCAACACAAAAUUGCCGCGCGAAAUUUACGUGAAGGCGGAGAACAGCGGAGAGAUCAACGUCUUCCUCUGCCAUGACACCUCGCCGGAAAAUUCGCCGAUUGCAGCGGGCGUGGGCUACGUUGGAGCAGCCGGAGCAGGAUGCGUUCGAACGGCCACCUCCACCCGACUGCAUCCGCCGACCAACGAUCCGCUCUUCAACAACAUUGAUGCCCUGAGUACCAAGGGAUUAGUUGCCCAACCCUACCGCUCGGCCCGUAACCUCAGUAAAUCGAUCGAGGAAGUCGCCAAGCAGUCCCAUCCUGAAUAUAAUAACAUUUGUGAUAUUGCGAUAGUCCAGCCUCAUCAACUCAACCAGCAGCAGCAGCAGCAGCAUCAACAGAUGCUUCAGCAGCCGGAGGAGGACGAUGUGGACACGGAGCUCAGUCAGCUGGUGCCUACGCUGACGAAUCCGGUGGUUCGUAGCCAUCAUUUCCAGCAGCAGCAGCAGCAGCAGCAGCAGCACCAGCAGACCUCCAUCCAGGAGCUGUUUAGCAGCUUAACAGAAUCCUCGCCCCCCACGCCCACAAAGCGGCGUCGGGCGGCAGCUGCCGCGGCCAUUGCCGCAGGCAGUGCAACAGCAACAACAGCAGCAGCAGCAGCAGCAAACACUACGCUUAAUAGUCAUAACAACAGUAACAGCAACCACGGGAACCACAGCAACAGUAAUUCCCAACCAUCCACAAUAAGUUACGGCAGCAGCCAGCGACGCAGCGAUGUGCCCAUGUAUAAUUGUGCAAUGGAAGACGCAACCACAACAUCUGAAGCAUCAGCUGCAACACCUCGAGCGGCAACAGUAACGCAAUCAUCGGCGAUUAGUUCGCUGCAGGCGCAAUUCGCUGCCGUAGCAGACAACAACAACAGCAACAACAGCAUCAGCAGCGUUGACGGCGGCUUUGGCAGCAUCGCUGGCGCUGGCGCCAACGCUCAUAUCCAUCAACCAUUCAGCCAUGGCCGCCACAGCCUGCCGCCCAGCGUGGCCGACUGCGAUGCCAAUAGCAACAGCAGCAACGUCACGCUCCAGGGCCUCGAUGCGCUCUUCAGCGACAUUGGCUCGGACUACUUCAACAACGACAUUGCUUUUGUGUCCAUCAAUCCACCGGACGAUAACGACUAUCCGUAUGCGCUAAACGCAAAUGAGGGCAUCGAUCGGCUUUUCGACUUUGGUUCGGAUGGCUAUGGACCCUAAGAGGAGACGUCCACCAAACACACUCUCAUACACGCAUAUAUCUACAACAUUGGGAAACUGGGGGUGUUUAUAAUUUAAAAUUAUAUACAAAUGGAAAAACAAAAAAAAAAUCAAACAAAAACCAGCAAAUUACAAAUUAUUAAAUUAUUUGAUUGCAAAAACCACAAACAAACAAACAAAAAAAAAUCCAAAAGCAAAACACAAAAAAAGCAAAUCAGCAAAACUUAAUGAAACUAAGUUGUGUGUAAAGUUUUAAGCGUAAAAAUAUCUAUAUUUAAAUUUAUAACCCAAACUAAUUUAAGCGAAACAAAACAAAACAAAAACACAAAAUCUACUUUACGUAAACUCAGCCUCAUAAGAGAACAGAAGAAGAGCCAGAUUUUAUAAGCAAAUUUAAAUUUUAGCCCCAUAACAAAACAAACGAGAAGCAAAAGAAGAAUCAGGAAUAUGAUGUAAAAAAAAAAUGGG